AGCUUGGUGGUGAAGUACAGUAGUAAGCUGUCGUUCAGAUCAACAAGCCACUAUCUUGGAAGCAGUUUGAUAAACACUCACUGUUCCUCAGUUGAUGUCAGUCGUUUUUAGCGAUUAACCGACACUAGCUAAACUAGCCAGCCACAUAACGUUAGAGGUUUGAUGACAUCGUCGGUUGAACUUUAAAAGACAAUUGGCUCGUUUUUCUAUCCAUUUCACAUCAGGCAAGUCGGUGACAACUGAACAGCCAACGAUCUUGUUUUUCAUUGGCUUAAUAUUUUCUAUACAAAACCGAGCUAGCUAGCGAGAACUUUUUUUUAAAUCGUUUAUUUGGCAACUUCUCACUAGUGCUAACGUUAGCAAACACUGUUUUUUUGCCAUUCAGAUCGACUUAUUUUUUUUUUCGCCAAGCAGCUCUUCGUUUUGUCAACAAGCCGCUUUUUCUCUCUCUUUCUCGAAGAACUGACGUUAAUUUACCUUAAAAACCGACGAUAUUUAGCAUUUAACAGUGUGCUUAAUAAAGAGGGCAAAGCAACCAUAGCAGUUGAAGAAGCGUUAGCGUCAGCUUUUACCAGCCAGCUAACCAAACCCUUCACUAGCUAACGUUACUUGAACCAUUUUACCAGUCCUAUAGAAACGUCUUUCACUGGUUGGUGCUGUAUUCAGGACAUUUAACUUUUAAAUUGCCCGUUUGAUAUACUGUAAGAGUAACUAUUUAACGUUAGCUAGCUCUCGGUUUAAAAAAAACAACAACCAGCAACUGACAGAACAGCAAGCCACCUGAGUGUUAGCAGGAGACCAGUGGUUGGACCUAAGGCGAGUUGUGAAUCCCUCAUCGGCUUCUUAUAUUAUUAUCAGUGUUAUUGUUGAAAAUGGCGGCGGUCGGAAUGGUGCAGAUGUUGAUCGAAGCAGCCGAGUACCUUGAGCGCAGGGAACGAGAAGCUGAACAUGGCUAUGCCUCCAUGCCACCCUUCAUCAGCAGCCAAGAGAGGGAAAGCUUAAAGAGGAAAAGCAAAAGCAAGAAAAACACAAGUAGCAGAGAUGUGUAUGGGGAGAUGAAAAAAUCUAGACGGGCACAUCUACGGCUCUGUUUAGAGCGCUUAAAGUCUCUCGUUCCCUUAGGACCAGAUGCUAACAGACACACCACUCUAAGCCUGCUGAUGAAAGCCAAAGAUCAUAUCAAGAGGUUGGAGGAGAGCGAUAGGAGAGCUCAGCACACCGUGGAGCAGCUACAGCGGGAGCGGAGACAUUUGAGGCGGCGUCUGGAGCAGCUAGGGGUGGAGAGGACCCGCAUGGACAGUACCGGCUCCACUGUGUCUUUGGACAAGUCUGACUCUGACCAAGAGGACCUGGAUGUGGACGUGGAGGGGACGGACUACCUGCUGGGUGACCUGGAGUGGAGCACCAGCAGUGUUAGCGACUCGGGCGACGAGCGGGGCAGCCUGCGCAGCAGCUGCAGCGACGAAGGCUACUCCAGCGCCAGCCUGCUGCUGCUGCUGGACACUCAGGAGAGGGCCAAGCAGCUGGGCUGCAGCCUAUAGACAGCACUAGGCAGCACAACUCCCCCCCCACCCUCAGCCACUCCCGUCCCAAUAUUGCCUCCCCACUCCAUAAUCCCACUCUGACUUCCCCCUCGCCCCUCUGUCCAUCCCUGCUGUGACUGACCAAGUCGGAGGCCUCUCUUCCAGCCAGGCCUCUGCAGACUUCCCGUUCCCACCAGACUGCAACACCCCUGAGAAACCUGCCCGCAUCCAGCCCAUCAGCAGCGGUCAGUCUUUUAGGGUGUUGCCCGCCCCACACCAGUUAAAGACACUCCACCCAUCUCUCCGUCCAUCCAUCACGAACACAACUUUCAGCCACACAAUGUCCCACUGCCUCUUUUUCUAUGCCUCAAGAGUCAUUGGAACCACUUGAGAGAUCACCCUUACUUCUUUCACACACACACACACACCCAACAACACACACACACACACAUACACACACACACACCUACCUUCCUUCAUUGCUCUUAGUUGUCCGGUGACACCGAGUCCUUCCAAAGGUGUGGCACUGACAUGAUCACCAACCAGGUAACCAUCUGUGCAUGGUAUUUAGCACUUACAAUCGCAUUUAUUUAUUUUCAAUUAUUUUAAUGCUGACUCUUGGAAACUUAAAGGGCACCCACUACAGCAGUAAUGUUACAAGAUGAAGUGAGCGUUUAAAACGCAUGCCACGUGUCUGCCUGUGCCGGGGGGUGCAGCAGAUUUUAGGGGACACUAAAAGUAAAACUGUGUGUGUGUGUGUGUGUGUGUGUGUGUGUUAAACUGUCGGGGGCCGAGCACAAUGCGUCCCUGAGCCCCCAGGCAGUGGCAGGCUACUAACCAACCUGUCCACAACUGCUAUUCAGAGGGAAAAGUAACA